CUUCAAUAUCAAGGCCGCCAUUGACGGAAAGCGAGCCAAGCACGUUGUUCACUUUCAUUUUCCCGAAAAAAUAGCCCUUUUGUUUCAGUAGCCUUGUUUCUACUCUAAGAAUGGGACGGAAAAAGAAGAAGGCUAUGAAGCCCUGGUGCUGGUAUCCUUUUUAAGUGAAAAAGCUUAAUGUAGUGCUGUCUUGGAAUGACGGUGAAUAUUAUCUAGCUUAGCUUAUUGAAUUGAUCACGCGCCGGCCGGUCAGCGUUUAAAAAUCUUUACCCUAAGCAACUAAAUACUUUGUUAUGGCUUUCUACUUUCAAGAUUGUUAUCACUUGUGAUUUGGGUAACAAUUAGAAAAAACGCUGGUAAUGGAACCUUACUUUGAGAGGACAAAUACGUUUAGCUUAAGUUUAUAAUAAUAAGCUUAAUUUCUGUCCAUCUACAAAUACAGGACUCCAGUUGUUCAAAAGCUGGAUAGCGCUCUCCACUGGAUAAAUCUCUGUCCAGUGGAUAAGUAUUAUGACUAACCAAUUGCGUCAUCCACUAGAUAGAGAUUUAUCCAAUGGAUGGUAUUAUACACGUUUUUAACAACUGGGGCCUGAUUAGUAAAAUUUAUGUUCAAAAUAUUAUGGGUUUUAAGGGAUUUUAACGACCCUUUUUUGCCUGCAAUUGCUUUAGUUGUAAACAUAAUUGAUAUUAGAUUAACAUGUCUUCUUAAAUUGUAAUUUUACAAUCUCUGGUCCCCCGAUCUUUUGACUUAAUUCUCGACUGUCGGUCAGUAGAGAAACAAGUCUAAAGCAUAGUUUCAAGACGUUUGAGUGACAAGUCAAGCAGUCGAGACAAACUAUUGCAGAAUAGUAGGCAGGAAUCACCAGAGUUACAGGUGCAAAGGUCUAAAUUUAUUUGUGUGGGUUUUUUAAAUAAAUAUACUUAACCAAAAUGCUGAGUAGGCAGUAAAUAUUCCUCUGAAAAUUGGCAAAAUUGCCCGCUUCCAGCUCAUUUUGACUACUUCGCUUUCAAGAAAGCUGUGACGCUUGCCAGUUGAGAGGCUAAUCAAAAUUUUAACUGAACAAAUUGAUUGCAAUUACCACAGUUGUAGAUGGUGCAAACUAGUGUACCUUUUUGCUGUGUAACUCCAGCAGCUUACUAACCUACUCAUUGCUCCUUGCUGCAAAGAAUUAGGAGCCAAAACAUGUAAGAGUCUGGAAUGGUCCACUUUCAGUAUGAGGCGAGAGCAUAGAGAUUUUGUCAAAACAGUAUGCCUGCAUUUCUUGUGAGUCCAGUGAUAAUACAGCAUUUAUGAAACAAGCUUGUCCAUAACCACUAUGAUACAUUCUGUAUAACAUUUUGCAAAAAAAAGCUGGGCGCAAAGAAGGAGGUUUUAUGGCUUGCCGUUCGGGCAAGUUGUUGCUGGUCUGUACUAGCCCAAGAGUCUUUUAAAUGGCCCCCAAAUUUUUUUGAUGAGCAACAUUGAUUAUAGUUUUUCUGUAAUUUGAAUUUCCCAAAAAACUUCACUUGCCCUUCAGACAAGUUAAGAAGAGGAUUCACUAGCCCGAUUGCAAAAUCCACUAGCCCCGAGCUAUCGGACAUGACUUUCUUUACACUCUGCAAAGUAUCUUUUUUUAUUAAAUUGUUUGUUCCUCACAUAGCCUUGAGCAACCAACCUUUAUCAGAUUAAUCCUUAACCAUGUUUAAAGGUAUUGUAAUCGUGACUUUGAUGAAGAGAAAAUAUUAAUUCAGCAUCAGAAGGCUAAACAUUUUAAGUGUCCAAUUUGCCACAAGAAGCUGUACACUGGCCCAGGACUGGCCAUUCAUUGUAUGCAAGUACAUAAAGAAACCAUUAGUACAAUUCCUAACUCGCUGCCAAACAGAGGAGACCCAGAAAUAGAGAUCUAUGGAAUGGAAGGUAUUCCUGAGAAAGACUUAAAAGAGCGCCAGCAAAGGGGCAAUAAUGCAGGGGACGGUAAGUGAAAUGAUAAGGUAGAGAAAGUGAUCAAAAGACAUGCGAAAGUGGGUUGCAACAUUGUACAUGCAUCUUCAUGGUGUAGUGCAUUAAAAAUAUCUUGGUGGUAAAAGUGGGAAGCUAAGAAGAACUAAAUACCUGAGCUUUGUGAAUAGAUCCUUCCUUGGGUUUUUUUAACUUUUGACAUGGACCAUUUAGGGAAAAUCCAUGGACACCACUGGAAGAGCACCUUAGAAUUAGUUUAAUUGCCAAAUUUGAAAGUUAUAUGUUCUAGGCAAGCGAAGAUAUGUCUGCAAAGUUGUGAAAAUAACAGAUGUUUGUAUGUUGGCGGGGCAAGUUUGUGCCACCCACAUUACAAACAACUGUAAAAUUUCGCAAAUUUGAGAUGCUAUAUCUUGGUUAGUUUCCAACAAAUCACUUUCAAAAUAUGACAAUUUUAUCGUUUUCAAGGCACUCUUUCCAUUGCUACUAAAGACUUGGUAAAUCAAUUUUCCUGAAAUGUUUUUCUGCCCCCAAUUUUAUGAUGGCCCUGGCUAAUUAUGUACUAGAUGUAUUAGAGGGUUGGCUGUACUGUCAUUUCCCAGUAAUGAGAAGCUGUCCUUUGAAUGAAAAAAGAGUUACAUUCUGUAAAAAGGAUAACUCUGUGUCUCCCAUACUGUGUAUUAUAGAUGACGAACCAGACAAUAAGAAAGCCAAAAGUGACGACCAAACUCAAGUAGCCUCAGCGGCAGCAGCAGCAGCAGUAGGAAUGGUUCCUGCUGCUAUUCCUGGUGCUGUUCCUAUGAUGCCGAUGAUGCCCGUACCUGGAAUGCCAGUCCCUCAUGGAUUCCCUCAGGUGCCAUUUGGUCAGCCAAUUCCAGGUGGAGAUAAUUUUAUUGUAAUCUUGUAUUGGCUGGUUGUCUAUAGCUACCCUGUACCUGUUGCUUAAGUGAGCUCUUCAUCUUCUAAAUUUCGGUCCAAGAAAGGACGUGUAAUGCACAAGCCUUCCAAGUUCUUAAUCAAAGAGCUCUUAAUCAAAGUUGUUUCUUGUUAUGCAUGUAUUAUAGUGACGCGGUAUACAUGCCUCAAGGUGAUAACAAGUGCUUUGACUGGCAUGAAGUUGUUGACAUGAUGUUGACAGGAUAAUUGCCAUUUAACCAAUGGUAAUUUGCUUUUUCUGGGAAAUGCAACUUUCAGUUGCUCCCAAAGAUGUCCACAGACCGUCUAUUUUCUUCUUUUCCCACUCCCACCUCUUUGCUCUUUCAGUCAAUAAAUCCCCACAGUUUUUAUUUCCCUAUGCAUGCUCAGCAAUGUCUAAAGAGAAAACUGACGUCUCUGAACAGGCUAGCCUCUUCUUGGUAAAAUGUACAGUGUACAGAGUGUGCAGAUCACCAAUGUGAUUACUAUUUGCAAGGUUCAAUUUGUAAAAAAGUGCUUCAUUCAGGCUGUCUGUUGUUCCUUAUACUGAACUAGCAUCUCUGUUAAAUUGGCUUUUAUAAUGACCUUUCACAGUUUUUGUCUUUUUGAUGCAUUAUUAUUGCUGUAAUGUAUUUCUUUUUUAAAGGUGCUCCACACAUGCCACCUGUUGGGUUCCCAGGUCAAAUGCCAGUCCCAGGGCAUAUUCCAGGGAUUGGGUAAGUUGGAGUCUGUUUUGUUUUUUACUGGUCAAAACAUUCAUUUGAAUAACAUGUUGCCUGAAGUGUUGAUUCUUAGAACUGACGAUAUUUACAAUGAGGCUGAUAAUGUCUAUUGUCCUACUUUAGUAUGCCAUACCCUCAACAUGGAAUGCCACCAACUUCCAUCCCUCCAAGCACAGCCACAAUUACCUCUCUUCAAAACAAAGGUCCAGUUAUAGGGCCUCAGGUACCCAACACCAAACCCCUCUUCCCAGCAGCACAGGUAAGCAGCUUUGGUUUAGUUUGACUAGGAUUGCCCAGUAUUUCCCUACUAACAGUAAGUACAUUAAUUACAGAAAUGAAAUCAUACUAUAUAAGACUAGAGAAAUUUAAAAAUUAUUCCCAUGGUACGUGUACACAUAAUUGAAAACGUCGUGAAUUGUGCAUUAUUUUAGUUCUGUCAAUUGUCCAAACCCUCUUUCUCUGGAAUAGCCUUAUGUCCCUUUUUAUCUUAUAAAUUUUCAUCCUGAAAAUUUACUUACUUACAUGAACAUGUACCUAAAAAGUAAUACUAUUGUGACAGGACAGAUCAUUCUCUUUAAUUGUUUAAAUGUACAAAUUUUGCAAAACCGACUUAUGCCCUGUUGUUGUUCUGCUUCAAUUGCUUGAGGAUAAACGAGCAGUAAAUGGUGUAUAAUAUUAUUAUUGGUGCCACACUGCAUUCAUUUUCAUUUAUUUCGCUGAAAUUUAUGCAUACAGGGUAUAUGCAUAGCUAAGUUUAAAAUGCUUUUAAUUUGUUCAGAAUGUAAAUGGGGCUGCUAAAUCCAGUGCUUCCUCAGGCCCUGUGGGUGCUGAUUUUAAACCUCUGCAAUCAGCUGCACCAACCACAAGCUAUCAAAGCCCACCUGUUUCGUCUUCAGGUUUGUGACACCUUGCAUUUUUCUUUCCUAAUUGCAUUGUAUGUGGUGCAUUAAACACUUGUUUUUGGACCUCAGUCUGGAUCAACUGUUGCACGCUACCAAAACCAAGGUUUAUUCAAGAGUGGGGCAUUGUGGGAUCUCUGCGAUUGGGAAAAAAAUGCCACAAGAAGUUUAUGUACAUGCCAAAAAUGGAGUGCAGAUAUGAUCUGAAAUAAAUAUCACAAUAAAUACAAUUGGUUAAGUGGAAUUAAUCAAGAAUCCAAGACUGAAGUGUGAUCUCAUCUUUCAAGAUUGUUUAACGUUUGGAAACUGAAAUGAAUGGCAUUAAUUUUAUACAGUUAUUUCAGAAUGGGGGCAUAGGAGGGCCUCAUUAAUAUUAUUGUUGGCCAAUGUAUAGAAUAAACCCUGCAAAACCAGCGUGCAAAGCAGAGAAGCUGUUGAUAAGGUUGAAAGAAAUAGUCCAUUUUCGAGUUCCAUAAGCUCUUUAAAGUAAGGCCAACAAUAAAUUAAUAUAUAUAUACAACAUUUUUUUCAUUUAAGAGACUUCGCAUUUACCCUCAUGGUGUUUGAGGAAUGGCAUUACAUUAUCCUUUAAUAGCUUUGUCAAGAUGAUUGAUGAGUAGAACACUUUGCAAGGAAUAAAACAGUUACUGAAGCAUUUACUUUUUCUGUCUUCUAAAAUGCUUGCGUAUUCCAAGGACUAGUUAUCAAAAAAAUCAUCUUCUUUCAUUGUAGGUAAACCAAUGGUGGUUCCACCUCCCACUUCAGCACCUGUGGUGUCUAAGCCUGCUACCAUUGUUGCACCAGGAGCAACAAGCCGUUUGAUUCAUCCUGAUGAAGACAUUUCAUUAGUAAGUACCUGAACUGCUUCCUGUUUCAGUUGGAUGCACACCAUGUGCACAUUUAGCAUAUAUUUUGAGUAAUUGUAUUUUAAUUUAUGUUGUUCACAGUCAUGCUUUAGUUGACCGUUCACCUUUACUACAUUAUAGAUUGCAUUUAUUUUUUGACGUUUCCCAUAGCUGUAUGUUCAGUAAGAAACUUUGUCGGUGGUUCCUCCUAAAAUGCUCAGUCUGAAGUUGGUAUUGGAUCAACUAUAGCCAUAGGCAGUUGGGGGAAUUGCACACAUCUUAGGCAUUCUACUUAUGAAUAGUUAUGGCAUUCAACACCUGAUGUGAUGUAUCUGCUGGUGCAACAAUUGUCUUUAGUCCAUCACUCGCCUGUCCCCAAACAUUGUGCAACCAACUACCUCUACGGUCUCAGAUAUUUGUCUUAGUUUAUAUUAUCAAAGAAGUAAUAGUUAAUAUUUGUUUAAUGAAGAUGUAUGUGAUACCAUUAUUUUCUUUAACAGGAGGAAAGACGAGCAUCUUUGCCUGCGUACGCUCCUAAGACACCCAGUUUGGUUUCAUCCAACCCUCCAACCAUGGUUACUGGUCCACCGUUACAGAUGCAAGCACCUGGAAACCACCCUCCUCUAGGACCCAUGCCUUUAAUGUCCAACAUGCAACAACAUCCAAUGCCUAUGCUAUCAGCACCCACAGGGGGGCCACCGCAAGGAGGACCCAUGCCUGGGGGACCAGUUCCUGGUGGUCCAAUGCCACCUGGUAUGAGACCACCUGGAUAUCCUGGCCAAAUGCCAGGACCACCACCACCACAACAUCAACAAGGAAUGCCACCUGGAAUGCCACCGAGGCCACCCUUGAUGGGACCUCCAUCUCUCAUGGGACCUCUGCCUCAAGGCCCUGGUGGAGGGCCUCCUCGUGGACCCCCUCCAAGAGGGGCAAUGGGACUUCUUGGACCUCACCCAGGCGGUAGGCCACCUAUGAGAUUACCCAUGGGCCCUCCCAGAAGGUUCUAGACAGUUAGAAUAAAGUUAAUGUCAACAGAAAUGCCAGAUGAUUGUCACUAAGGAGGCAGUGCAUACAUUUCACAGCCAUCUUGAAUGCACAUUUUGUCACGGUUUACAAAGUUGUCUAAAAUACAUUUAUGAGUUGCAGCUAGGACGUUUUAAUUUACCGAAAAUAAGCGUGAGUAUAGUUUACUUUGGAAACGUAAGUUUUUGUCCUCCAUAGUAACAAUCAGUCAAUGUUGGAGGUGGUGUAAGGUGAGUCAUAUCUCCAUUAUCCCUCCAUCCAUUCUUACUAGCAUGCGUUGUGGAAAUGACGUGAAGACUAUUUUCUUUCAUCUGGCAUUUCAGUCAUCUAUUUUUUGAAUAUGGAAUGAAUUUGUUGCACUCACUUAGUUUUAUUUAAGAUUUCUUAAUGAUCCUUUUUCUUAAAUUUAGUACCAGAGUCGUGCUAAAAGAUUGAGUAUUGUAAGUUCAGUGGUUGACUCAACUUUGUACUUACUGUGAAUGGAAAUUUCAUUUUUGUACAUUCAAAACAAAAAAGGUAGGUUUAAGCCAUAAUAAUGCUUUUUGUUAUCAUGAAUAAAUAUGGCCACAUGUGACUAAAAUUGGCUUGCCAGCAAGAUAACAUGUUGUUGUAUCAUGAUGGCUACCAUUAAGGCAAAAGCAGCUAUACUGUUCAUGUGGUCACACUGUGGUUUUGUAUUCAAGGCAAGGUAAAGGUUACAUUUUAUCAUUCACCUUAUUUCUGGUCUAAAUUGAUCAAUGAACUACUGCACUGUAAGUUAAUUUUAAGCUGUAUUAAAAGACUUACUGAAAAAAUCUUGGGCACUAUAGGUUUUGGUGGUUGAAGUUGUGCCGAAAAAGGGAGAAAUGCUCUCUCCUUUACAGAGGGUCACACUUAAUGUUCAUACCGUUCACAACUGCAAUCCCUUUGCACCAUAAUGCAGUGCAAUAAUGACCCAUGAAACCUCUAAAGAGAAGAGAGGAGAAAAACUUCUUGGCAUACAUUCUUUGAGUUCCUUGUUUUAGAACAGAAAGAUGGUAUAAUAUGAUACUCUAAUAAUUAUUAGUGUAUCGUAUUAUACACAUAUUAUUAUUUAUUCAGGCAUAUUGAAAAAUGCUACCAAAAUAAUAAUAUUUCCUGAAAGGGAAAUAACAAGGUUAUCCUCCUACAAGACAAUUUCCAUGAUUUAACGACUGAAUGGAAUUUACAGUGGUUUAACAAAAUGCAAAUAAUGUCUGCAUAAAAAAACUAGCAAAAUGUUACUUAAAAUUUCUCAGCGUCUGUGUUGAAGAACGAAAAAAGGAGAGAGUAACUAACACUGUACAUUUUUUUUAAAACAAAACGCUUCGACUUUUUGGGAGUAUUAAGGUAGGUCCGCAGAAAGGUUUGUCAAUAUUAUUAUUCUUUAGUAUUGAAAUACCAGUACUUUGUAUUGAUGCCAUGAUAGCAUAGAAUUUUACUACUUGAGUUUAUGACGUGCCCAUCUUUUGUAACUGUAGUAAAGCAUGUGCAAAUAAGUCAGGUUUCUUUCUCCUCAGUGUUCAAAUACAUUGUCAUCCCCUUGCCUCCCACAAGAAAAUUCCAAAGCUUCUUUUAAAGAAUGUCUUAAACAUUUGGGCCAAGUUGUUCGAAUGGUGGACAACGCUAUCCACUGGAUAAAUCUCUAGCCAGCAGAUAGCGCAAUAAGUGGUUUCCCUAAUACAUAUAUACCGGAUAGUGAUAAAUGUGGUGAUAGCGCUAUCCAUCGUUUGAACAACUGAGCCCAGGGACAGAAGCUUUGAUGGACAACUUUACAUUUUACAGUGACCCUCAAAGACCAUGAACACUAAAACCUUGCAGGAAUACCUUUUCUGGUUAGGUUAGGUAACAUUCAGGAACUAUUAGUCAAAAGGAUAAGAACAAAACUGCUGUAGCUGUAAACAGACAGUUGUUCAUUGAAACGUAUUCCCAGGUGCAUUUGUACCAUCAGCUUUGACGUAUUCUAUUACGACUAUUUUAAAUGAAUUAUUUCCUUACGUGCAUGUAUUACAGUUAAUAUACUUGAACAUCUAUUCUUUGUGGAGACUUGGAGGCAUUUUAUUUUGGUUGAAUGAUUUAAUUUACAGUGUAUUCUAGUUAUUUAUCAUUGUCUCCUAAUUCAACAUAACUUACUCAAGGUAGGGUAGCUUUCUUUGUUUGAACCAUCCAAUAGUAUUUUUUUCAGAUCAUUGGAAAGGUAGGGCACAUUUUCCAGGUUUGACUAUCUUUAAACUACAUGUGAAAUAAGCUAUUAAUUUAAAUCACUAAUAAAAAUGACACAGAAGAAUUGU